AUGUCCACUCAACUCGACGCCGCCUCAAUCGCCCGGGUCUCCUUACACGACCCCGCUCACUUCAGCAUCCAGCACUCCCAAACCAUCCACCGCCUAGUGCUCCUGCAGCAUUGGAACAUUCCCACUGACUCCAAGGUGCUGGAAUUAGGAUGCGGGCAAGGAGACUGCACGACUGUCCUUGCCAAUGCUGUAGGCGAGCAUGGUAGAGUAGUGGCGGUCGAUCCGGCGGAUUUGGAUUAUGGUGCCCCAUAUACUCUCGGCCAAGCACAGGGUCACAUCUCGCAAGGCCCGCUGGGUGGACGGAUUAAUUGGGUCCAACAAACCCCCCUGGACUACCUCUCUUCCCUUUCCUCGCCGCCCGCCAGCGAAAGUAAGGCCUUCGACGCGACAGUGCUCGCCCACUGCCUAUGGUACUUCGCCUCCCCAUCGCUUAUCCUUUCCACCUUCCGUGCCAUCAAGCAGCACAGCAAGCGUCUCCUCCUUGCUGAGUGGUCGUUAGUAGCGACACACCCCUCCGCCCAGCCUCACGUGUUAGCUGCGCUCACCCAGGCAGCGCUGGAGUGCCGUAAACCUAACAGCGAAUCGAACGUCCGCACGGUACUGGGCCCAACGCGGCUUACCGAGCUGGCCUUAGCUGCUGGAUGGCAACUGGAGAGCGAGGCCCUCGUGCAAGGUGGGGAAGGGUUGUUAGACGGACAAUGGGAAGUCUCUGCUUGUCUUUCUUCCUCUUUCGAAAAGGAAGUAGAGGAGCUAGUGGUUGAUGAGAGAGAACGGGCCGUGGCUAUUGCGUCACGGGAUGCGUGUGAGGCAAGCUUGAAGGGCAUACAAGGGGGCCGGAAAGGAGUUAGGGCUAUGGAUGUUUGGGUUGCUAAUUUCGUCUGA